UUUAAUUUUUAUUGAAUAAACUGUUAGUAUGAGAGUAGCUCUACUAGUUUUGAUAUUUGUAGCGGCGGCUAUAGCUUUUACAGAUGUAGAAAAAUGGACUACCUUUAAAAUUACUCACAACAAAGUAUACAAAAACAUAAAAGAGCAUAAUCAUCGAUUCGAAAUCUUUAAAAAAAAUCUGAUUCGUAUUAAAGAGCAAAAUCAUAAGUACGAAACAGGAAAAUCAACUUAUAACUUUGGAAUUACUAAAUUUGCCGAUCUUACUGCAGAAGAAUUUCUCAGCCGUUUUAAGUCUGGUCGUAGUCCUAUAAAUACGUUAUCAAAACCUAAAAAUACUGCUAAUAAUGAUGAAGCAAAAGGUAAUAUUUUCGAUACAUCUGAUGAUCUGCCAGAUCAAUAUGACUGGACUCGCGCCGGAGCGGUAACACCAAUAAGAGAUGAUCCAGAUUGUUCUGCUUGCACAGCUGAAAGUGUAGUAGCAGCAGUAGAAAGUGCUGAGUUUAUAAAAACUAACAAUCUAGUGCAAAGAAGUCCCAAGCAGCUAGAGGACUGUAUUCCUUUUACCCCAGACGAUUGCUGGGUAUGUUUGGACAAAGAUCUUACUUAUAGUAGGGAUGUCGGCAUUAUGUCAGAUGAUGAUUACCCAUGGAAAUUUGAGGAUCAGGAUUGUCAAUUUGAUAACAUUAAUGUCACUACGCCACUAAUACACAUAAGUGACUGGAGAUAUGUCACAGAGGGGGACGAGAAAGAACUUCAACGUACAGUUUACCUUGAAGGACCUGUUGUAGUUGCAAUAGAUGUCACCAUAGAUUUCCAGUUAUAUGUAGACGGUGUACUGGAUGAUCCAACUUGUGAGAAUACAUUUGACGAUUUAGUAACAGCUCUAUUGCUUGUUGGCUAUGGUGACUCUAAAAGGCAAGGUGAAUACUGGAUCCUUAAAAAUUACUUUGGCACGUUUUGGGGAAAUAACGGAUAUCUUUGGUUAAGGAGAAAUAAGAAUAAUCUAUGCGGCGUUGCUACUUCAGCUGUGAUUCCGAUUCUUGAAUUUUAAUAAUGAUAUAACAUUUAAAAAAAAAAAAUCCUUAAAUGUUUUAAAUACAGUUUUGACAACACAA